AUGGAUUGAUGCGCGUUCACGGCGCUCCGAGGUGGCGCGCCCGUGCUUCUCAGCAUCGUUUGGGGAGAAGAGGAGAGGAGAGCUAGAGACAGAGAGCUGAACCACACCAAGUGUCCACCGAAUGUCUGCCCCUCCGCGUUGCCAAUGAGUAAUCCUCGCAUUCCUAUGUCUGCGAGUUGACAUACUGAACGCGAAGGACCAGGCUUCCACCACUGCAAGGCUUGAGGAGUCCGUCGGCGGGCUGCGCGUUUUUUCAGGAGCACCUGACAUUUUCUGUGGCAGAUUUACUUACUGGAUCAUGGCACAGACCAACAGCGGUGGGCAGGGGACCAACGGGGUAGCGGAUGAGUCCCCCAACAUGAUAGUGUACAGAAAGAUGGAGGAAGUAAUAGCACGAAUGCAGGAUGAGAAAAAUGGCAUCCCCAUCCGAACAGUGAAAAGUUUCCUUACCAAGAUUCCCAGUGUUUUUUCAGGUUCUGAUAUUGUACAGUGGAUGAUCAAGAACCUGGACAUUGAAGAUCAAGUGGAGGCUCUUCACCUAGGAACUCUGAUGGCUGCACAUGGUUACUUCUUCCCCAUCUCAGACCACGUCCUCACUCUCAAAGAUGAUGGCACUUUCUAUAGGUUUCAGACUCCAUACUUUUGGCCAUCGAACUGCUGGGAACCAGAAAACACAGACUAUGCUGUUUACCUCUGCAAAAGAACAAUGCAAAAUAAAGCACGGCUGGAGCUUGCAGACUAUGAAGCGGAGAGCUUAGCAAGACUACAGCGAGCUUUCGCCAGGAAAUGGGAGUUCAUUUUUAUGCAAGCAGAAGCACAAGCAAAAGUGGACAAGAAAAGAGACAAAAUUGAAAGGAAAAUUCUCGACAGUCAGGAAAGAGCAUUCUGGGACGUGCACAGACCAGUGCCUGGAUGUGUGAAUACAACGGAAGUCGACAUAAAGAAGUCCUCCAGAAUGAAAAACCCCCACAAAACCAGAAAGUCUGUGUAUGGACUGCAGAAUGAUAUCCGUACCCACAGCCCAACUCACACCCCUGCCCCAGAGGCCAAGCAACCAACAGAAGAAGAACUACAGGAACAGAUCACCUUUUGGCAAUUGCAAUUAGACAGGCAUCGACUGAAAAUGUCCAAAGUGGCGGAGAGUUUGCUGGGCUACACAGAGCAGUACCUUGAAUACGACCCCUUCCUGACGCCUCCAGAUCCCUCCAACCCCUGGAUCUCAGACGACACCACGCUCUGGGAGCUCGAAGCCAGUAAGGAACCAAGUCAGCAGAGGGUAAAGAGGUGGGCUUUCGGCAUUGACGAGGUCUUCAAAGAUCCUGUUGGGAGAGAGCAGUUCCUCAAGUUCCUUGAGUCUGAGUUCAGCUCAGAGAAUCUCAGGUUCUGGCUAGCAGUCCAAGAACUAAAAAAGCGCCCCAUCAGAGAAGUUCCAACUCGGGUUCAGGAGAUCUGGCAGGAGUUUCUGGCCCCCGGAGCACCCAGUGCCAUCAACGUGGACUCCAAGAGCUACGACAAAACCACCCAGAAUGUCAAAGAUCCAGGACGCUAUGCCUUUGAGGAUGCACAGGAACACAUCUACAAAUUGAUGAAGAGUGAUUCUUACAGCCGUUUCAUCCGUUCCAGUGCCUACCAGGAGUUACUACAGGCCAAGAAGAAGAAAAGUAAGAACUUGUUCUGAAGGCUGUCACUUCCAGCACAGUGGAGAUCACUAGCAUCCAAGAGGCUGACCAGUCGUGUGCCAUCAUGCUAAAAUCAAUGCCAUCUCUCUCUCUCUCUUGGACAUGGAGAGGCGACCAUCUCAUCUCUUCGUCAUCAUUGUCUGUCCAUCCACUCUUGGCUCAGCAGGGCAAUGAGCCGGGUCGUCUGUUCGUCUGUUGUCCGCCGGAUGUUGCAUGUCCAUGGAGAGGAUGUUCCUUCUUCUCUCUCCUCUUAACAGUACCUGAUAUAUUUCCAGUAUUCUCAGAAUGGAGCCACUGCUGGACUUGUGAGGACAUUGACAGACUGGUGAGAUGAAAAAUGUCAAAAUCCGGUGCUCCGGUUCUUUCCAUCGUAACUGCUGGAUCGGAGCCCCCUUUCUCACGUCCAGCUGAACCAAAUGAUGUCAGAGAGAAAAAAAAGAAAAGAAACAAAAACAAAGAAAAAAUAUAUAAAAUGACAACUUAAA